ACUGACCUACUACCGUAUGACUUAUUACUCAAGAUGAUGCACCGCAAACUCACAGCUGGAAAACUGGUGGCUGUGCCCUUUGCUGCCUCCUCUGUCGCUGGGAUGCUGGCAGGGACUGUGCUGGCGGCCAGCAAGGAUAAGAGCAGUAACGACACAUUAAUCAUUGAUGAGCUGUCCCUGUACACGGCCCCACAGCCGCAGCUGAGGUAUGAGGAGCCGGCAGCAGGCCAUGUGGAGCAGGGGGUGACCACCCUCAGGAAGGCUGCAGAGCCAUACACCUCAUGGUGCCAGGAAGCAAGUGCUACCUCCUUGGAGAAGGUCCAGGAAGCGUAUCAAACGGUGGAACCCACAGUCAACGAGUCUGUGCAGCUUGUUAAAGAUGGCUAUGAGAUGCUGAACAACCCUCCCCCCACCCUGUACCCCAGCCUGGGCGCCGUCGGCUUCUCUGGGAUCCUCGGACUCUACCUGGCCAAAGGUUACAGGUUUAGGAGGCUGGUGUUCCCCACAGUGCUGAUGACUCUCAGUGCUUCUGUCUUCUACCCACAACAUGCUGCAGCCUUGGCCAUGACGACCAAGGAACAGCUUGUCACCUGGGGUACGCAGGGCCGUGCUGAGGCGGAGGACCUCUGGAAGAAACUGUCCUCUAUUUUGGGAACAUCUGAAAAGAAGUCGCAGAAGUCCAGCAAGUCGUAAUGCCGCUGCAAAGGCUGUGCUGUCACAUCUACAACAAUAAUAUAAGUAAUUAUAUUUACACAGGAGGGAUAUUAUACACAUACAAGACAUGCAGGCAUGCAGACAUGUAAGACACACACAGACACACACACACACACACACACACACACACACACACACACACACACACACACACACACAUACACACACACACGCACCAUUAAUAUAGCUUAAUUUACGCACACAGCAUCCAUAUCAUACACAU